AACAAAGUAAGAAUGAAGAAAAUACAGGGAAAUAAAACAAAAAACCAAAAGUCAGUGGCAGCAAAAAGUGUACAGAAAAACAGAGUUCAGAGCAAAGUAAAGUAUAUAAGUAUGCACAGGAAAGUAAAUAAAAGUACGUAGUGAAGUAUUUAAGUGUGAGGAAGAACCAAUGAGAACCUAAGAAGCGAUAGAAACAGAACAGCCAGAUCGAAGAAGAAGAAGAAGAGGAAGGUCGCCUUGACAACGGCGUCGGUCCAUGCAUGCAGUUUCCCAGCCAUGGCUACGGGUGGGGGAUCUUCUGACCCAGCCCUCCCUAACACACAGCUGGGACCCAAGGGCACGAGGAUCAGGGAGCAGCUCCAUAAUAAUGCCCCUGAGUCUGAGGCCAAUAAAGACAUGAGCUGUGAGGAGGAGUGUGUGGUGCGGGCCAAGGAGGCUGGCCACGCCCUCAGUGCCUCCCUCCACGCCAACGAGCAUGACCUGCACGCCCUCGUCAAACACGGCUGCACCAUGGUGGGGAACGUGGAAGUGGCGGCGCUGAGUUGGGAGGUUGUGGCUCGGGUGGAGAGCGAGGGGCAGCGGGAGAACUGGCGCUCGAGGCUGGAGGAUGACUCUCGCAAAACACACGACGCCCUGCACCGCAUCCAACAGUACUGGGAGGAGGUGGUGGGACUCAGCGUGCCCGAGGACCUCCACCAAGGCCUCUGUCAGCUACAAGAGUGGACGCAGGAGCUGUCGGACCAGAAGGAGCGGAUCGUGGCGGGGCUGAGGGAAGAACUAGACACUUUGGACAUCUCUUACGGCAGUGAACUCCUCCAGCAGGCGCGGCAGAGGACUGAGCUAUUGCGGCGCAUCACAGAGCAUGUCACGGAGCUGCACCACACCUACCGCCACUCGCUGAGAGAAGUGCAGGACGUGGCGGACAAGGAGCGCUCCUCCCUCGUGCAGCAAUACGGCAGCAUGUGGGACCAGGCUGUGACGGGCCUCAACGACCAGCUGCAGCGCCUACUCCAUGAGCGGUUGCACAACAGAACCUCCCGGCUGGACCAGAUCAUCGAACUCAAGCUACACGGCGCCGCGGAGCACGUGGCGGCCAGGGACAAGCUCGACGCCGAUAUUGAGAAGGUGCUAGUCGAGGUGAUGCGGAUGAAGGCGGCGCAGCAGGUGGAAGAGAGUCAGCUGCGGUACAGUCAGCAGGUGUUGCAGCAGCAGUACAGGGAGACCACCGCCUUGGUGAGCGAGGCGCGCCGCUCCCUGAACGCUCUCACGCCCGUCAUCAACACCUACAGGAGGAAGGCUGAGGCGGUGGACGCUGCUCGGGCGGCGCGGGAGCAGGCAGCGGUGCGGGAGGCUGCUCGGCUGCGUCAGGUGAGCCAGCAGCACCGCGGGAGGCUGGCCCACAUCUCGUCCCUCUUCACCCACCAGGCACGCGCCCUCUCCCUCAUGCACUACCGCGCCCUUCACUCCCUCGUCACGCAGGUGAUAGGAUUGGAGCGGGCCAUCCAGCAGAAUGUGUUGGCGAGGGAAUGGGUCGAGCCAGACCUUCAGCCCCUGCAGGACCUGAGCCCCGCCCCCAACCCCCGCCACACCUCAGCCCUCGCCGUGGCCACCAGGAUACUCAGGCCCAAGACGGGCAAACCAACAACUGGCGAGUCAACAGAGGACUUGGAGAGGGCCGUGUGUGUGAUGGGCGAUGUGGAGCACCCUUCAGAGAGCGAGGAUACGGACGGGCGGGGAUCCUCUGCUGCAAGCGACGAAGAGGAGGCGGCCCAGCGGCGUCACCUGAGGGAAGUCUUUCUCUCCCGCCUGGCCCAGGAGUCCGUCUUCCUGCUGAAUACCGACGCCACACACCUAACGGAGCACGACCCGCUGCUCACCCUCGAACACGUCUUCUGGGAGCUCAGCAUUCACACGGAAGCGGACGUGGAGAAGCUGUUGCGACACGUCGAGAGACACCUUGCCCGGCGGGUCGCGCGACCUCGCCUCAGAGAAGGCGAGGACAGCGAGGACGAGGACACCGAUAGGGAAGACGAGGAGUGGGCAGAAAGCGAGGAGCUGUUCACCAUCGAAGACGUCCUUAGCAUCCUGGUCGACUUCUGUACAUCCAGAAACGCUAGUGUCGGGGUGAAACCUAAAACCGGGGAAGAGAUGGGGCCGGAACAGCUAUACGGGCAGGAGGGGGAAGAGGCGGCCCGCUGGAGGGUCUUCGUAGACAGCCUGUGCAAGAGAACGCGGCUGUGGGGCACCAUCAAGGACGCCCUUACGCAGUACAGAGACGUCCUGACGGGCCGCCUGGAGGAGUCGCAGCGAGUGGAGCGGCUGAGGCGCGAGAAUGCCGAGCUGAGGUUCCUGCUGCAGAGCGUUGCCGCUGACCUGUAAUGGGCUGUGUCCGGGCGCUCACGUACAUACGCCGCCAGGGGUCAGGGGGGAGACCGCUCUAUUCAUGGUGUCCUGUGGUGAGUGAAUGUCCUCUGCCUGGUAACUGUGUUCUAUUGUACGUUUAAAAGAAACAAGUAGGCUAUUUUUUGUUUCGAAAAACUGUUUUUUACUGGUAAGCAGAUCUUUCAAAGGUUAACACAUAAACAAUAGAUAAUAAAGACUUUUAUCAUAGAGGUAAGAGAGAUAGCCUAAUGGUAUCUAUACUUAUAGGUUAAAAGGAUUUAUCAUCGCAUAAAUUUGUUCAAACUAUAAGCAUGGAUAUAUCGUUACCUCUUUCGAUCAACAUAGCUUCUCAUUCAACGCAGUCAUCCCUAGAUCUCGUUUUCUCUGUGGACGAAAUGUUUGUAGUUUUCAGAACUUUUCGUAUCAUGCCGUAUAAAGAUAAUCUAUACUAUCCCAAGCCUACAUAAAGAUUACUUUAGUACCUAAGUUUGUAUGAAUAUUCACCUGAUUUUCUGUAACUUCAUUCAAUACAAUAAACAAUUUUGGGAAGUCCUUUCAUUUCCUACUUUGCACGAAAAUAUCAAUAUUUGACAACACACCAGCAGACGACGCCUGCACCUGCAGCUGGAGGAGGGUCCCUCCCAGACUGGCCUCAGAUAAUGUAGGGCAGCUAUCGCCAAGAGUAGUGAGGCAGCGCCCCACCACCAUGGGGACAACCUGACACAUUACCACAAGCUACUGGAUCUCAAGCAUCAAGGCUGUGAUAACGAAGGAUCUGAAGAUAUUAUAUAGAACUAGUGGUUAUAGUUGAUCUCAGAUAUAUGCUCCAAUUUUGUUACCUUUUUCCUCUCAUGAUGUAUGUUUAAGAAGUUAUGUAGAAAAGUCGUAAUAGCUGGAAACAUAGAUUCUGAUUAAUUAUUUAUUCAUGAUUAAGAUGCUCAAAAUAUACUUAAUGCAACUAGAUAAUCAGAAUUGUCUUAAAGAGGCCAAAUAACUGAAAUCUAAAACUCUUCUAUUGUCUUUCACCUGAAUUGAGAACACGUUAAGCUUAACCCUAGAUAAACUAUUUAACUUAUGCAAAAAUCAAAUUGUGAACACCAAAAGCAAUUUAUAAGGCUAUCUGCCCAACACGGAGGCAGUCUGUAGCAUCUAUUGAAGAGAAUCUCAAGACCACAUACACA